AUGGCUACCCCCCAGCCUGAGACCACACCAGCUACCGCUGUCGAGGUAGCUGACAAAGAGGAUAUUAUGAGACUUAGCGAUAACGCUGUCAAGUUCCUGGCCCAGCUGGAAACAAAGAUCAAUGAGCAGCAGAAGACCAUGCAGCAACUUGUGGAGCAACUCUAG